AUGCUUUCUUUAAAAGUUCUCCGCCAGCCUGCCCUCCGGAAUUUGGCCGCCAGUUCCAGGAAUCUGUCUUUUGAUCUGACCGAUCAACAAAGAGAAAUUCAAGCAGCUGCCUUGAAGUUUUCCAAGGAUAAGCUUGUGCCGGUUGCUAAGAAGUAUGACGAAUCUGGUGAGUUCCCCUGGGAUAUCAUAAAGGAAGCGCAUUCGCUUGGUUUGAUGAACCCCCAGAUUCCGGAGAAAUACGGCGGUCCCGGCUUGACCACCAUGGAAACGGCCCUGAUCGUCGAGGCUCUGAGCUAUGGAUGUACUGGCCUUCAACUCGGUAUUAUGGGACCAUCCCUCGCUAUCGCUCCGGUCUACAUUGCCGGAAAUGAAGAGCAAAAGAAAAAAUAUCUUGGCAUGCUGGCUGCCGAGCCACUCAUUGCAUCCUAUUGUGUGACCGAACCAGGCGCCGGAUCGGAUGUAAAUGGUGUCAAAACAAAGGCCGAAAAGAAAGGAGACGAAUACGUCAUCAAUGGGAACAAGGCUUGGAUUACUGGCGGUGGACACGCACAAUGGUUUUUCGUGUUGGCGAGGACGGAUUCCGAUCCGAAGACUCCGGCCGGGAAGGCGUUCACGGCUUUUAUCGUUGAUGGGGAUACGCCAGGGAUUAUUCGAGGAAAGAAAGAAAAGAAUUUGGGACAGCGGUGUGCUGAUACCAGGACGAUCACUUUCGAAGACGUUCGGGUUCCUGUCUGCAAUGUUUUGGGCAAACCUGGCGAGGGAUUUAAGGUCGCUAUGGGUGCUUUCGACAUGACGCGCCCUGGAGUUGCAGCAGGAGCUUUGGGACUUGCUUGGAGAGCCCUUGAUGAAUCGGCGAAAUAUUCUCUAGAGCGAAAGACGUUUGGCACCCAGAUUGCCAACCAUCAGGCCGUCCAAUUCAUGCUAGCUGAUAUGGCCAUUAACCUGGAAAUGGCGCGAUUGGUGACUUACAAAGCAGCAACGGACGUGGAUAACCGGGUGCGAUCGUCUUACUAUGCUUCUAUUGCCAAGUGCUUUGCCGCUGAUAUGGCCAAUCAAGCAGCCACUAAUGCCGUCCAGAUCUUUGGUGGAGCCGGUUUCAAUACCGAAUAUCCGGUAGAGAAGCUCUACCGUGAUGCCAAAAUUUACCAAAUCUACGAGGGCACAUCGCAAAUUCAGCGCAUGGUCAUCAGCCGAAUGAUGUUUGGCCACCUGGCAUCCACUGGAACUUGCCGAGUC